AUGCUAGAAGACAUUGAAAUUUUGGAAGUAUCAGCUGAGAUCGCUACCCUUCUCACAGGUUUUGCUGAUUGGACCUUUGAGGAGUUUAGAAGGCAUAGACAUGGUGCUGCUCAAAACUGCUUUACUACUCUUAAGGGGAAUCAUAAGAUUAUUGAUGCUAAUCUUCCCGACGAGAAAGAGUGGAGGAAAGAAGGUAUAGUCAGUGAAGUUAAAUAUCAAGGCAGAUGUGGAUCAUGCUGGACAUUUAGCACAACUGGAGCAUUGGAAUCAGCUUACGCACAGGCAUUCAGAAAGAAUAUCUCUCUUUCUGAGCAACAACUAGUGGAUUGUGCUGGUGCUUUCAAUAAUUUUGGAUGCUGCGUCCUUGGCCCUGUCAACAUUUCCUUGGGUGCUGAGGAUGAAUUGAAACACGCAAUUGCUUUUGCUCGUCCCGUUAGUGUGGCAUUUAAGGUGGUGAAUGGCUUCAAAUUAUACAAGAGUGGAGUUUACACUAAUACAACUUGUGGGAGCACGCCAAUGGAUGUGAUACACGUUGUUCUUGCUAUUGGCACUGUCAGAACGAGAUUUACAAAUAAGAGAAGGGGAAUUAGUCACACUAGUGCAGCUGGUGCCAAGGGGAAGAAGAAGGGUGCAACCUUCACCAUUGACUGUGCUAAGCCAGUUGAAGACAAGAUCAUGGACAUUGCUUCACUUGAGAAUUUUCUUCAAGAGAGGAUCAAGGUUGGUGGCAAAUACGGUGCUCUUGGUGAUUCUGUUACUAUUGUCAGGGAAAAAUCAAAGAUAACUGUUACCUCUGAUAGCAAUUUCUCCAAAAGGUAUUUGAAGUAUUUGACCAAGAAGUACUUAAAAAAAUAA